GAUUUGAAACCGUCUUUACUUCCACGCUUUGUCACCAAAAAGUGACAGUACCUAGGUUGUGCAACCAUGACUCUGUACCAGUACUACACAGAUGGGGGGAUUUCCGAGGGUCUAUCCACCAACCAACCCCACUUCACCCUCAACCGCAAAAACAUCACCCUGUACAGCGGCGCCGUCCACUACUUCCGGGUACCACCGCAGUACUGGCGCGACCGUCUGCGCAAACUGCGAGCCGCCGGCCUGAAUGCCGUGGAAACCUACGUCCCGUGGAACUUGCACGAACCCGAAAUCGGUACCUUCGAUUUUGGGAAAGGGUCGAGCGACUUCAGCCAGUUCCUGGACAUCGAAAAAUUCCUCAGAAUCGCACAGGAGGAGGACUUGUUCGCGAUAGUACGACCAGGUCCUUAUAUUUGCGCCGAGUGGGACUUCGGAGGUCUGCCGAGUUGGCUCCUACGCUCGAAUGUCAAAAUUAGAACUUCCGAUUCGCUGUUUAUGGAAGCUGUAACCAAGUACUUUGGAGCGUUGUUGCAGAUAUUGGUACCGUUGCAGUUCACGAAAGGUGGGUCUGUGAUUGCAGUCCAGAUUGAGAACGAGUACGGGAAUACGAAGUCAGUGGAUACGGGGUACUUGGAGGGUUUGAAGGAGAUUCUGGAGAGGAGUGGCAUUGUGGAGGUUUUGUUUACGUCGGAUACACCAUCGAAUGGGUGGUCUGGUACGUUACCCGGGGUUUUGGCCACUGCUAAUUUUCAAGAAAAAGCUAAACAUGAGUUGGGGUUGUUGAAGGAGUUUCAACCCGACAAGCCCUUGAUGGUUAUGGAGUACUGGACGGGGUGGUUUGACCACUGGACGGACAAACACCACACCAGAAGCGCCGACGCUUUCGGGCAAGUACUAGACGAAAUUUUGGAGUUUGGGGCUUCUGUUAACUUCUAUAUGUUCCAUGGUGGUACGAACUGGGGGUUUCCCAAUGGUGCCAACGUUGAGUACGCAAGUGGUGAUUAUAGUAAGUACCGACCGGACACCACGAGCUACGACUACGACGCGCCGUUGUCAGAAGCGGGUGACUACACCGACAAGUACCACAAAGUCAAGGAAUUAGUACUCAAACAUAACAAAGUCGUGACAAGAUUACCAGAGUUGCCACAACUGAGUGACAAAACGGCCUAUCCGGAUGUACAAGUGACGGAAAUGUUGACCCUUGACGACUUAAUCCGACAGAGUACCAUACAAAUCGAUUCCAAACUCGUGUCCAUGGAAUUCCUCGAUAUUAACAACGCUUCGGGUCAAAGUUACGGCUACGUGGUCUACCGACACGAAAACACCAACAUCCCCGCGAACUCGGUACUGAAAAUCGAAGGCUAUGUAUGUGACACAGUCACCGUUUUAGUGAACGGAGAACUCAAGUCAAAAAUUUUGAAAACUCAAGCCGAUCUCGACGAUUUUGGGUACUGGAAGGUCAAAGAUUCGAGUCUCCAACUAGGAACACAGGAAUACAAAAGCGCCACGUUGGAUCUUGUGGUUGAAAACUCCGGUAGGAACAACUACGGUAAAUUGGACCAGUUUAACCAGUACAAGGGUCUGUGGCAAGGCAAUGUUUUGAUCAACGACCAGGUUCUGGACACCUGGAAGGUAAUUCCUCUCGAAUUUAAAAAAAAGUGGACCGAGUCUCUCCAGAACUGGAGACCUGCGUCUGAAAACAUUGGACCCGCGUUGUACAAAGCGACUUUCGAAAUCGACGAUCCGGUUGACACUUUCGUCGACAUGACGAAGUGGACCAAAGGUUUUGUCGUCGUCAAUGGUUUCGUCUUGGCAAGGUACAUGAAAUUAGGACCUCAACAAACGGCGUUUUUGCCCGGGCCGUUUUUGAAGAAGGGUUUGAACAGUAUUCUGGUGUUUGAGCACUUCGUACCAACCAUGGUUAUUCAAUUCAGCAAGGAACAUAUUUUUGAGACACUAGCUUAAAAACAUGUAUUUACUAAAUAUAAACUUGAAUAGUCGUAAA